UUUUCUUGUCUCCCUCUCAGCCUGUGCCAACAGCACUCGCUCAGGUUGACCGUGAAAAGAUCUACCAGUGGAUCAAUGAGCUCUCCAGCCCUGAGACACGGGAGAAUGCACUGCUGGAGCUGAGCAAGAAGCGUGAGUCUGUGCCUGACCUUGCCCCGAUGCUGUGGCACUCAUUUGGCACGAUUGCAGCACUCCUUCAGGAAAUUGUAAAUAUUUAUCCAUCAAUCAACCCUCCAACUUUGACAGCUCAUCAGUCCAACAGAGUCUGCAAUGCUUUAGCUCUGCUGCAGUGCGUUGCAUCACAUCCUGAAACGAGGUCGGCUUUCCUGGCAGCUCAUAUCCCCCUCUUCCUGUACCCCUUCUUGCACACAGUUAGCAAGACGCGUCCAUUUGAGUACCUGCGGCUCACGAGCCUGGGAGUGAUUGGGGCCUUGGUGAAAACUGAUGAGCAAGAAGUGAUAAAUUUCUUGUUGACCACAGAAAUUAUCCCCUUGUGCUUGCGCAUUAUGGAGUCUGGCAGUGAACUUUCCAAAACGGUUGCUACGUUUAUUCUUCAGAAAAUCCUCCUGGAUGACACAGGGCUGGCGUAUAUCUGUCAGACUUAUGAGCGGUUUUCCCAUGUUGCCAUGAUCCUGGGGAAAAUGGUCCUGCAGCUCUCCAAAGAGCCGUCGGCACGGCUGCUGAAACACGUCGUCCGCUGCUACCUUCGCCUUUCCGAUAACCCCAGGGCACGUGAAGCUCUCAGGCAGUGCCUUCCUGACCAACUGAAGGACACCACCUUUGCCCAGGUCCUGAAGGAUGACACCACCACAAAGCGCUGGCUGGCUCAGCUUGUCAAGAACCUGCAAGAAGGUCAAGUCACUGACCCACGGGGCAUCCCUCUUCCUCCGCAGUGACUGCUGGGGGAGGUGGGGGACCGGAGAAGAUACAGCUCAGGUUUACAAAGAACCAGGAACAGAUGACCUCUUCUGUCACAAACUGGGCACGCCAGCUGGCUGCUGGCCUGUCAGACCAUCCCACCCAGCCAAAGGGCUGCUCUGUAGCAAUGCAGCACACCUGGGGAUCACAGCACCAGCAAAUGCUGACAGUACAGCUU